AUGCCGAGCUUCAACACUUUCGCAAAUCGGUUCGCGAAGAAGGAGACGAAGCGGUUUAAGGGCAGGGUGAUUGAAAGCUUUGAGGGCGUAAAGAACGCGGAGGAACUGAACACGUUUUUGCUCGCUUCCUGCAUGAUUCGUCGCCGGAAAGACGACGUUUUGCGGGAUCUGCCCCCGAAAUUGCGGUGCAGAAUGAGACUCGAUCCGGAGAAGUGCGACGUGAGGAAGAAAAAGUUAGUGAAAGACAAAAUCAAUCUUUUGUUCAAAAGUCAGAAAAACGGGAACGGAAAUGGUUGUCUGGACGACUUACUUCUGAACGAAAACUUCGAUGGAGUGAAUUCUCUAGACCAAGAAAUUGCGCAGCAGUUCGGAGGAUCAGAAAAAAAUGCCGACAACACGCCGAGCAUCAGCGAGAUAUUCCAGCUCACCGCGGAGUGCAAAGUGGAACCGGUGCUCGAGCACAUCGAGUAUUUGCUCGUGGAGCAGCCAGAGCUGAAAUUCCUGGUGUUCGCACAUCAUAAAGUCAUGCUCGACGCCCUCGAAGAGCGAGUAAAGUACUGGAAAAAUCUUGGCAGCUACAUCCGCAUCGACGGAUCGACGAAGCAAAUAGACCGGCCGGCUUUCGUGAAGAGAUACCAGGAGGAGAAAUCCUGUCGCGUUGCGAUCCUCUCCAUCACCGCGUGCGGGCAGGGCUUGACAUUGACCGCCGCUUCCGCGGUCGUUUUUGCCGAGCUCUACUGGGUUCCGGGCGCACUGCAGCAGGCGGAGGACCGCGCGCACCGCAUCGGCCAGACGGCGAAGAUGGUGAACAUCUACUACUUGACGUGUCCGGGCACUUUGGACGAUCGGGUGUACGACAUGGUGGAGAAAAAAGCGAAGGACUGCGCGAGCAUGCUCGACGGGCAGCGACGCGGGAUGCAGGUGUUUCACAAGACCAGGCAAGCGACGAUCGUAACGACGGCGGACCCGAAGCUGGCGGCGGAGGCGGCCAUGAUCUCCGCAGUGAACAGGAGUACUGCAGGAGCGGCGGCAGGUGACACCGGAGCGGGUACGCGAGGGAACAACGUAUCGGCGGGGGAGCCGGUGCGAUUAGAAUGCCAGAACCCACUGGGUGGCUCUUCAUCGUCCAGCAGUAGCAGCAGCAGCAGCCGAAACUUCGCAGUCGGAGGCUCCGCUGCGACUGCGUUCACUUCAGCACAGGGUCCUCCAGUAGUAGUUGGACACCAAAGCGGAGGCGUCAAGCGCGACCACACAGAAGUAGCCUCCUCGCCGGGGCCUGCGGCGCAGAACGGAGCUGGGUUUUCUUCGUCGUCGUCUUCGUCGUCUUCUGCCUUUGUCGGUACGAAGAAAUUGAAGCCGAGCACAAAAGCACAAGAGGAUGUGGACAUGAUCGGAUAUGGUAGUGCCGGAAAUGUUGAGAGAAACGUGAACAACAUGAUGACCGCAGACGACGGCGUCAUUGUUCUCAGUGACUCAUCCGAGCAUGGUGGGAGUCCACAUCGACCACAUAGAAACAAUCAGCCACUCGUCGUCGGCGCCGCUGGUGAGGAGCACAAGAACGACAACAGUGGCCAGAAAGGUCGCGCCAACCGUCCUUCUGUUCUCCCAAUAGAACCGCUGCCGCAUUUCCGGAUCUACAGCACGCAAGAGUUCGUUUCGCAGCCGUCGCAGAGCUACAGUCCGCAGAAAUCUAGACUAGGUUCACAAGAUGACGACUUCUACGCGCCGCCAUUCAGCCCAAGUUUUCCGAGCCAGGAGCUGGCCAGCCGGUUUUCCCUGGACGGGGGCGGCGCGCAAUCGGAUUACGAUUUUGGGAGUAAGCAGCAAGAAAAUAUCUUUGCAGGAAGCUCCGCUGUUGCGCAGCAGAAUAGCAUUUCGGACAUGAAGCCGCCGCCGCUGCGGAAAAAAUCGUUGGACGUAACCACGGGGGGAGCUAGUGUCGAGCACCAGCGACAGGCCGCGCAGGAGAAUCCAAUGUCAGCGGCGCCAGAUAAUUUCGUUCCCAUUGCCGCGCCACCCGCUCCUAGAGUGGAGCAGCCCGCGUCUUACACACGCAAGCGCGAGGCCGUCAAGCAGCAAUCCGCAGCAAAGGCUCCAAGUUCGACGUCGCAAUUUGCCUCGUCUUUCGCCCAGUUUGGCGCGAAGACGCAAAACGGUGCGAGUGGUAGUUUCAACAACGGAUUCGGAUUUCCAGCAUUGAGCAGCGGCACCGCGCCAGGUGCAUCUGGCAGCGCAAAUGCGAAUGGAGCUUCUUUCGGCGUGUUGCAGCAAGCUCCUACACCCGGCAAUGGAAUCUUCGCUACUUCCUUGACAGCGGCCGCAACGACUCCUGCCGUACCACUCCAGACCACUACGAAGAGCAGCGAUGGGACCAAG